AUGAUACUAAAAACAGCGAAAAAACUCAACAUCAGUUUCGCACCGAUAAAACUCUCAAAAGAACUUAAGAAAAGUCUCCCAUCAUGGUGCCAUCCAGGCGCACCUAAGAACACGUACCACAAAUCAAAAAAUAAAUGCCUAAUAGACACGCAUAAAUCGGACAACAUCAAACACCUUCUAAAAAUCAGGAAAAGACUAACGCGAAUCAGCGAGAACGACCAACACUUCCCGAGAAAAACAUGCCCCUGUACCGCAUGUAAUAAAGACCGAGAAGAAGGAUGCAAUAACCCUCACACCUGCGCCCAAUACGCAAAUGAAAUCCUGUUUAAAAUCGCACCCAAAUUUAACACCAAAACAAAACCGAAAAAAGACGGACUAUCACUAACUCACCGCAGAAAAGAAAAGAACUAUCAGACACACCAAAGACGACAAGGGGAAAUCCUCUUCGAUCCCACAGUAACGAUACGAUCCAGCCUAUCAGAAUGCUUCAGAAUCUUCCUAGACCCAAACAACACAUCACUCACCCCAGCACACCGCCUACAAGCACCGACAAGGGGCCUCAAUCUCAUACAGGACAACAUGACCAUCUUCACUGACGGCUCAUGCUUGAACAAUGGAAAAGAAAACGCACAAAGUGGAUGCGGAAUAUGGAUCGGAGAAAACCACCCCAAAAACCUCGCCUUCAGAAUCCCAGGACAGAAACACUCAAACCAGAUAGCAGAACUGUCAGCAAUACUACUAGCACUGCAACAAACAGAACCAUACAUACCUAUAACCUUUGUAACCGAC